UGAUAAUGAUGAAUACAAGAAAUUAUAAAAAGGAUAUAUCAGAUUAAGGGUCAGUGAAAGGAUAAACUAAUUAAAACUUUGGAUAUUCAUAACCUCAGCAAUUUUAGGAUGGAAUUUCACGGAUUUAAGAAGAGAUGAUGGAUCCAAGAAAUAUAUAGCCUGAUUCGAUGUUUUUGAAUUUUAGUGGAGUUCUUGAAUGUGGCGAAGUAAAAUGAUAUUUUGAUAAAUAAAGUGCGAAGAUGAGGAAUCAUUAAGAAUUGAAUAUGCUGUGAAAUAUGGAGGCGAUGAUUGGACAUAUUUGAAAACUAGUGUAUGAUUAAGAAUAAAAUUAGAAUAAUGCUGAUGAUGCAGAACCAAGUGGGAUAUCCUAAUUAAGUACAUCCAGAAAUUUGCAUUCAAGGAACAUUGUUUGGAAUUUCCCUUUUGAAUGCAAUUUUUAAACUAAAAACAUUUUCGGGUGGCCUUAGGUAGUAGUAAGACUUUCAGGUCCCGAUUUUAUGGGAAGAAGCGUUGCUAAAGGUUAUGGAUCUGUUCAUGUUCCAACUCAACCAGGAUAGUAUGAAUUGCCCAUAAUAUUUCAAGUCACGAAAGAGUAAUUCGAAUAUUCAAGCCUCUUCCAAUCUCAGGAUUCACAGGAUUCUUAGGUUAUCUGUUGGGAAACACUGCUGAGCUCAAAAACUUCGACAAAGUAAUUUCCUCAGGUGAAGGAAGAGAGGUGACUCGAGUGAAAUCAGUAGGAUAUGUAAAAGUUAAGUUUCAUGUAACAUUAGUAAAUUUUGAUAAAUUUGGUUAUUUAUGA